GGAUUAGCUGUUACGUCAGCGUCAGUUUGACAAGCAUGAGGCGCAUACUCAGUGCGAAUUUCUUGAGGCAGAUCGGUUUAUUUCGUAAAAAUCCUCCGUGUCGUGGCUCUCUGACAGCGGGUCAACGACGCGGCUGUGCACUGAGUUUCUGCAGGAAAUCAUCGAGCGACCUCACAAACAUGGACCUGAGUAACAUGAGGAAGAAAUACAAGGGAGAUGAAGACUGCUUUGAAGAGAGUCAGCUAGUAUCGCUGGACCCAAUCAAACAAUUUGGAAACUGGUUCGAUCAAGCCACAAAGUGCUCUGAAAUCGGAGAGGCGAACGCUAUGUGCAUCGCCACAGCCACCAAAGAAGGACGUCCGUCUGCUCGUAUGGUCCUUCUGAAAGGUUACAGCGACGAGGGUUUCCGUUUCUUUACAAACUACGAGAGCAGAAAGGGUUCUGAGCUGGAGAGCAAUCCACAUGCAUGUCUGGUCUUCUACUGGGAACCCCUGAACAGACAGAUUCGCAUUGAGGGUACUGUGGAGCGAAUCCCCUUCCAGAGCUCCAGCGACUACUUCCACUCCCGACCGAAGAGCAGCCAGAUCGGGGCGGUCGUGAGCCGACAGAGCACUCCAGUUCCUAACAGAGAUUAUCUAAGGCAGAAAAAUGCAGAACUGGAGGAGAAGUACAAAGACACAGAUGUGCCUAUGCCUGACUACUGGGGCGGCUACAUGGUCAAGCCUCACCUGAUGGAGUUCUGGCAGGGUCAAACCAACAGACUCCACGACCGCAUCGUCUUCACCAGGCCGGAGGGCGGGGAGUCUGAGCUGGGGGAGUUUCAGCACCCUGCAGAGGGAGGCUGGGUGUACCAGCGCCUGUCCCCGUGAGAAGCACCUCAGCGGACUGUCACGUGCACGGGAAAACUACUCACCAUCUUUUCCUCGGUGGAAGUAACCGCUCGUCUCUCGGUACCGAUGGAAACCAUUCAAUGUUGAUUAAAUGUGUGCUGCUGUGUGUAGGAUGUAUUAACAAGCCAAACCUCAUUGGAUCGCCUUUUUUUUAUUUUUUAUGUCAGUUUACUUUUUAACAGUGACUGCACUGUACAACUUUACAUUUCCCACAUAUUAUGAAAUGAAAAUACGCUGCGGGGUUUACAGAAAGAGAGCAAACUCCACCAGGUUCUAUCACAUAAUGAUUGACCGUAGCGUUGGUUAUUCUGCAGUGUUGGAUGUGAAGAUUUCUUGUAAAGCACAAUCUGUACUCGUCUGAUGCAACUUUCUGUGGUCCAUUUUACACUUUACAGGCCUGUACCUUCCAAGAAUGUUUAGUAAAACUAUAGUAACUUUGUAAUAGUUGCAGGGCAAAUGGAGAGAAAGUUCUGAGACAGUUGUUUGUUUGGUUGGUUGGGGUGAGUUUAUAAGCAGGUCUUGAUUUUCAUGGAAAUUGAUUCAUUUAAACCCAAUUAACUACAAUCAGUUGCUGCUUUAUUGUUACCUUGCAAAGCGGCUGGAUUCCUGCGAGAUCAUGAGAUCACGCAGGAUCACGAGAUCUGUUUAACAAACCCUCUGGCCCGUCAGGUUAACCGUAGUUACACCUGUACACUCUAAUGCAAAGAGGGGUUACGGUUUGAAUCCACACGUUUCUGGCAAUUCCUACAAAAACUGAACUUUAUAAACUCUGUAAAGGAGGAAUUUCAUUGUACAGGUGUCCCUAAUAAAGGGGCCACCGAGUGAAUUUAAUCUGCAUUUGUCAUUGCAAAUUCAGUUUUUGUUAAAUUGUAUGUUUGACUGUCGACAAAGUUCCAGUUUUUGAAUGUGUAGCUGACCUGCUGAGCCCCACCUCGGGUUACGUUAACAUUUGAUUUUAAUCAAGUCGGGAGUAUUGAACAACUGUCUCUGUCUACAGGCAUCUAUCUUUGUCUUUGUAGCAAAUAAGAGGGAACUAGGUCCCAUAAAAUAGUGUGACUGAAUUAUUCUGACUUUCACUCAUGAAUUGAGUGUCUUGUUGAGUGUGUCGUACUGCCUUUUAACAAUGAGAUUAAAAGAGCUAAUGAUUUGAAUUGUGCCAACUAACUGCCACGUGCAUUAUGUGGGUAUUGUGUCAUAUGUGAAUAGUGUUGUUGGGUUAUUGUUCACUGAGGGUAGAAAAAUAAAAUUAAAAAAAACAGUGAAAAAGA